GUUAUCAGACAAGCCACAAACGAAGCCGUCACACCAGGCCCACCGAUGAUCCCAACAGCGGGCUCGUAGGUUCAGAGGCCAAAGGGGCAACGACGAGCUACAGCAGCCUGAGACACGGUGCCCACAUCGUCAGAGCAAUGCUUCCUGACUGUAUAAGAGAAAUGGCCUCCCCUCGGAGUCUGAGCGCUUCCUUUCCUUUAUCUGCAGACUUUUCAGUCAUUUCAUCUUCUUUAUCCUAAGGUUUUCUGCCAACUCGUAUUAAGGCCCUUGCCGUUGUUAAGAACACACGUCAUCAUCUCGUCUUCGACUGCCUUUCCUAUUGCACCGAGAUUCUGAGCCGUCGAUCAUCUAUCUCUCUUUCGACUUCCUUCUUCAACCCUCAACCUACUCAACACAUCCUACCUUCCAAAAUGGCGCAAAGGAAUGCCCCCAAGAAGGCCGUCCACUUCGGUGCUGGAAACAUCGGUCGUGGCUUCGUCGCCUGCUUUUUGCACAAUUCAGGCUACGAGGUCGUCUUCUCUGAGGUUAACGACGCAACUGUAUCCAAGCUCAACUCCCAAAAGAGCUAUCGGGUGAUUGAAGUCGGCGCCGACGGGACGUCGGAGUCCAUUAUCACCAAUUACCGCGCCAUCAACUCGAGGACCCACGAGGCCGAACUGGUUCGGGAAAUUGCCACGGCGGACUUGGUUACCUGCUCCGUCGGGCCCCACAUCCUCAAAUUCAUCGCACCCGUUAUCGCUAAGGGUAUCGAUGCCCGCUCGCCGGAGCUUACUCCGGUCGCUGUCAUUGCCUGCGAGAACGCCAUCGGGGCCACCGAUACUCUUGCUGGUUUCAUCAAGUCGCCAGAGAACACCAAUCCUGACCGGCUUGCCGACUACGAUAAGCGUGCUCGGUUCGCCAACUCCGCCAUCGACCGCAUCGUCCCCGCACAGGACCCCAACGCCGGUCUCGACGUUAGGCUCGAGAAGUUCUACGAGUGGGUGGUAGACAGCACCCCAUUUGCCGACCAUGCCCCCCCCGACAUCAAGGGUGUUCGCUGGGUGAACAACCUGCAGCCCUUCAUCGAGCGCAAGCUGUACACGGUCAACACGGGCCACGCCACGGCCGCGUACCACGGCUACAUCCGGCGUAAGAGCACCGUCUACGACGCGCUGCAAGACCGCGAGAUUCAAGAAGAGGUCAAGAAGGCGCUGCAGAACACGGCCGACCUCAUCACGCAGAAGCACGGCAUCUCGCACGAGGAGCAGCAGGCCUACGUCGAGAAGAUUGUCCGCCGUAUCGGCAAUCCUCACCUCGAGGACGCCGUCGAGCGCGUCGGCCGCGCCCCGUUGCGCAAGCUCAGCCGUAAGGAACGCUUCAUUGGUCCCGCCGCCGAACUGGCUGAGCACGGCAAGGACUAUGCCGCUCUGCUGGACGCCGCCGAGAUGGCCUUCCGCUUCCAGAACGUCGAGGGCGAUGACGAGUCGUUCCAGCUCGCCGAGAUCAUGGAGAAAAACAGUCCUGAGGACGUCGUGAAGCAGGUCUGCGGCCUACAGCCCAACGAGAAGCUCUUCCCCGCCGUUGUCGAGGUCGUCAAGCGCGUCCAGGCUGAUACCCAGUCGGAUUAAGCGACCGAGCGAACAAGGUCCGGUUCAAUUUUGUUCUCGCAUCUCCUUGUCUCUUUCUAGCUCAUCCUUCCGCCCUUACAGGGCCUGGAGCGAAGCUUGGGCAACGUAGCGAUCUGUCUGAGAUACCUUUGGUAGCGCAUGGCUUUGGCGUUUAGAUUGGCAAUGGUUCUUUUUCCUUUUUUUUUGGCAUGGACUGGGAUAACGACGCCACGCAGAUCAGAACGGGUUUUUAGAGGAGUUUUUGCUAUUC